AUGCAGAAGCAGGGAUCCUGUCUGAAGAGGGACAGGGUGAAGGGGAAGAACGUUGCAGCUCUCAUGAAAAUGUUUGAGCACCACGACUCCGUGAAGCUGAUCAAGUUCGCGGACGACACCACCCUCAUUGGACUCAUCUCCAACAACGAUGAGUCCGCCUACAGGAGGGAGGUGGACCGGCUGGUGUCCUGGUGCAGUGGUAACAACCUGGAGCUGAACGCCCAGAAGACAGUGGAGAUGAUUGUGGACUUCAGGAAGAGCACUGUCCCCCCGCCCCCACCCUCCGUGAUGGACUCCCCCAUCACCUCUGUGGAGUCCUUCCGUUUCCUGGGCACCACCAUCACCCAGGACCUCAAGUGGGAGCCGACCAUCAGCUCCCUCAUCAAGAAGGCCCAGCAGAGGAUGUACUUCCUGCGGCAGCUCAGGAAAGCCAAGCUGCCUGCACAGAUGUUGGUGCAGUUCUACACGGCCAUCAUCGAGUCCAUCCUCACCUCCUCCAUCACCGUGUGGUUCGCUGGAGCCACAGUCAGGGACAAACAGAGACUACAGCGCAUUGUGCGCUCUGCAGAGGAAGUGAUCGGCCGCAGCCUUCCAUCGCUGCAGGACCUUAAGCUCUACCUGCUGAGGAGGCUCUACCUGCUGAGGAGGCUCUACCUGCUGAGGAGGCUCUACCUGCUGAGGAGGCUCUACCUGCUGAGGAGGCUCUACCUACUGAGGAGGCUCUACCUGCUGAGGAGGCUCUACUUGCUGAGGAGGCUCUACCUGCUGAGGAGGCUCUACUUGCUGAGGAGGCUCUACCUGCUGAGGAGGCUCUACCUGCUGAGGGGGCUCAGGUCUUUUGGAGUGCAGGGGCCACUCCUGAAGUCCUUCUCUGACUUCUCCACUCUGUGGUGGAGCCUCUUGUACGAUCUCAAAGCCCCGCCCACCGCCACGCAGGCCACGCCCACGCUUACGGACACCGCACCCGCCGCUGCAGAGGAGACGGACAUAGAUGCAGUGGAGAGUGGCCCUGUUCUGCUGCUGGAGGAGAAGAACCCAGACAGAGGAGUCACUGAUCUGGACGCCACAGAUCCACCGGAGAAGGAUGAGGGGUUGCUGCUGCUCUCUAGUCCCAAGAUGUUGCUCCCUCCAAUGGGUUCAGGUCCUCCAGAGGUGCCCCUGUCUGUGCACCACCGCCUGCAGCUCCUCCAGCAGCAGCUGCAGCAGCAGCAGCAGCAGACACAUGUGGCUGUAGCUCAGGUGAGGCGCAGAUUCAAAUCAAUCCUUUAUCACAUGAUCAAAAUGAAAGAACACCCCCAGCUCAUGGAGGACAUGUGA